AUGACAAUGGCCGGCGAAUCAAACGCGGUGCUCUCUCUCCAGCACCCCCUUCUUCUGCCGCUGUUGACGGCUGCCAAAUCCUCAGACGCGAAAGAAGCGUUGCAAGCUCUCGCAUCGGCCGCGAGGUCGGAUGCCGGCCGCUCCGACCUAGCUUCGAAGAAUGUUCUCCCCGACGUUCUACGGUUCGUGCGAUCUCUCCCUUGUCCUGAACACCUCGUUUUAGCUCUGAGACUUUUGAGAAACCUGUGUGCUGGAGAAAUUGCCAAUCAGAACUCCUUCCUCGAUUUUAAUGGCGCCGGGAUUAUUUCCGCGGCUCUGGUAUCUGCGGGGCUUAACCCUGACUCGGGUCCGGUCAUAAUCCGGGCUGGAUUGCAAGUCCUGGCGAAUGUCGGCUUGGCUGGUGUUGAACAUCAGCGAGCUAUUUGGGACGAGUUCUUCCCUAAAGUGUUUAUUGCUAUUGGAAGCAUUGGAAGAAAGGAGAUUUCUGAUCCUCUGUGUAUGAUUCUGUACGCUUGUUGUGAUGGAAGCCCUGCCCUAUUUUCUCAACUUGUUGGGGAGGAAGGACUUCCUGUUGUUGUCGAAAUCGUGAAGACCGCUUCUCUAGUUGGUUUUGAGGAAGAUUGGUUGAAGCUGAUUGUGUCCAGGAUCUGCAUAGAUGAAAAUCUCUUCCAUUCCUUGUUUCCGGGAUUAUAUCGCAUUGGCAUGUCUGAUGAUAAGGGCAAGGCUACCAACAGCAGCACUAGUUUCUCAUCCGAACAAGCUUACCUUCUGGGGAUGGUGUCAGAGAUCUUGUGUGAGAGGUUGGAGGAGAUAAGAACACUCUCAGUUGAUUUUGCACUCUGUGUUUUGGGUAUAUUCAAGGACUCUGCUGAUGUACUUGAGCAGCAUGUCUCUGGAGCCAAAUCUAAGCUUCCAACUGGGUCUGCUUCGAUCGACAUUCUUGGAUACUCGCUCACCGUUCUAAAGCACAUAUGUGGCAUUGCCUUUGUGGAAGAUUCAGAAGAAGAUGUUGUUUCUUUGCUCGUGUCUCGUGGACUACUGGAGACCCUUUUAGGGUUUCUUCGAAUCCUCGAACUCCCAAGCACGAUAAGGAGAGGCACGAGAGGGGAAGGAACUGAGCGAGCGGAUACUUCUUUCUCUGGUAAGCCGUGCCCUUACAUUGGGUUUAGAAGAGACAUUGUAGGAGUGAUAGGAAACUGUUCGUACAGAAGGAAGCGCGUGCAGGACCAGAUUAGGGAUGCUAAUGGGCUUCUCCUUCUGUUGCAACAAUGUGUUACGGAUGAUGAUAACCCGUUCUUGAGAGAGUGGGGAAUAUGGGCUAUGAGGAAUGUGUUGGAGGGGAAUGCUGAGAACCAGCAGGCGGUUGCUGAAUUGGAGGUGCAGGGGACUGUUCAAAUGCCUGAACUAGGAGGUCUUGGUCUCAAAGUGGAGGUGGAUCAAAAGUCGGGACGAGCAAAGCUUGUGAAUACAUCUCCAUCUUCAUUGAAACCCCCCAGCAUGAGUAGCUCCAUGGAUUUUGAUAUGUAA